UCAUCACUGGACACUGACAAUAUUUUGCUGUGUUAAUACUUAAAUUGAUUGAAAAUAACCUUUAAUUUGAAAUAACCUUCAAAGAAAUAAUAAUUUGAGUUUUGUAGAAAUCGUUUGGAUAAAUAAUCCUGUAAUUUUUAAAUAUGACUACAAUAACUGUAGCAAAUGAACAAGAUAUAAUCAAGAAGUUAUCUUCUUACAUAGAAAAAAUUUCUAACGAUGCUAUUCACAAUCGCGGAAAAUUUUAUAUCGGUUUAUCAGGUGGCUCCGUGGUUAAGUAUUUAAGCGAAGGACUACCAAAAGUUAAUACAGACUGGUCUAAAUGGGUGCUAGCAUUCUGUGAUGAAAGAAUUGUGCCAGAAGAUAGUGAGGAUUCUACAUUUGGAGUAUAUAGCAGACAACUAAUACCAAAGACAUCGCUGGAUAAAAAACAAUUUAUUACUAUUAAACAAGGAGUUAGUGCUAAUGAAGCCGCAAGGGAUUAUACUGAAAAGUUAACAGAUGCAUUUGGAGGUGAUGAAUUUAUAUUUGAUCUCCUACUACUUGGCAUGGGCCCAGAUGGUCACACAUGUUCAUUAUUCCCUAACCAUCCUUUAUUGGAAGAAAUAAAUCUGAAAGUUGCUGCAAUAACUGAUUCUCCAAAACCUCCUCCUGAAAGGAUUACUCUGACUUACCCUAUCAUAAACAAUGCUAGAAAUUGCAUAUUUGCUGCCAGUGGAGCUGGAAAAGCGGAAAUGAUCAAGAAAAUUCUUAAAGAUAAAGAUGACUUACCUGCUGCAAGAGUAAAACCAAUCCAUGGUUCUGUAUAUUGGAUAGUUGAUGCCGCAGCCGCAAAAUAUUUAUAACUAUGAAAGAAAAAUUUUUUAACUGUGGAAUUCCGAUCUUUAAAUUUUAAAUAAGGCAAAAAAAAUAUAUAGAAUAUAGACCUAUAACCUAAUAGGACGUGAAUUAUGGGAAGUUUUUGUUAACUGAAGUGACUAAAUUGCAUUUAUUUAGUAAACUGAAUAGGGACAUUUUGCAUUGAAUCUAUAAAUAACAUGGAUUAUCAUAAUUUUUUACAUUACUUUAUUAUAAAUCUAAAUAUGUGAUAAUUGUGAUGUAUCGGGCCAAGUAUAACUACGGAAAUGAUUUAAGCACAAUAGUGUUAAGGGAUAUAUUUUUUUAUUGUACUUUACUGUUAUUAAAUUUGUUGCAUUAA